AAGACAUGUCAGUCACAUGUCAAUAUAAAAACGAUCUGGAAUAUGUUACUAUACUGAGAGGAAAAUAAACCCCCAAAUUUCUCAGGAUGCUUGCUUGCUCUAUUUUUCUUUUGGGUUAUUUCGUUUCUCAUAAUUUUUUCUUUCUAAGUAGAAUCUAAGAAAGAUGGGUGGGAUUGUAAACAGUCAGCCAGGGGUAGACGCCUUCAGGAAUUUAAAUUGGUCUUAAUUGCUCUACUGUUCCUCCCAACCACAACAUUCAUAGAGCAGAUGGCUCCGAGCGUCUGUGCUACAGCCAGGACAAAAAGGUAGGUCCGACAAUAUUUUCCACGGAUAUUCUUUUUUUAUUUGCUUUCGUUUUUUUCUUCUUUCUGUAUUACUGGAACAAGCUGUAUAUGUAGACACUGGUCUAACUGUCUUCAGGCUUGACUACAUGAUGGGCAGACAGAUUACAGUGAAUGUUAAUAAUGGUCAUUACGCUGUCUCGACCGCUUCCAGCCAACAGAGACAACAGAGUUCCUGGUUAAUGCGCCACACGCUAUAUGUCGUUUUAAGAUCACAGGCCGGGAACAAUGGAAGUGAAGGUGUUUGUGGAUGGAAUCCCACGUGUGGUUUGCGGAGUUACAGAGGAAACAACAUGCCAAGAAGUGGUUCUAGCAUUGGCUCAGGCCCUGAGUCAAUCUGGACGCUACACUUUAAGGGAGAAAUUCAAGGACUUUGAGCGCUGCAUGAUGCCUGAUGAACGCCUUCUGGAGAUGCUGGAGAAGUACGGUGAGCAGGCCAGGGAAGUCCAGCUCACUCUUCUUCACAAAGGACACUCUGGGGACACACACUGUGAUGAAAUGAGCAGAGCAAAGACAGGCAGAUACCAGCACUGUCCACCAUUAAGGAGGAAAGAGGCGGGAAUCAGGAUGCGGCGGGGCAGUGGUUCGCUAAGUUUGCAUCGGCAAAGUUUGCCACCGUUGUCCUGUUUUAGACAAGAAACUGAACAGAAACAAGAAGAGCUGAAAAGGCCAAAGAGAAAGUCUCUGACACUCAUGGAGGAGGCCUGGGAAUGGCUAGAAAGUCUGGGGAAAGGAAAGGUCUACAGCACUGCCUGUGAUAAAGAAAGAAUCAAGAAGACAGAUAGAAAGAAUCGUAGCUCUUUGGAUAUUUCUCUCAUUAUUGACAAAGAUAUCUUAAAACCAAGUAGCAGAGGUAAAGCCAGAGGUCAGAAGAAUUUAAUGUCAGACUUGGAUCACCAAACAUCCUGCUGCAUGGGGAAUCAGACAAGGGGCAAAGAAGGCAAGCACCUCAAAAAAACUCAAGAAGCAAAAUCUGACCUGUACACCUUCAGCUGUGCCACAACUGAAGAUGAGAAAAACACUCUCAGAGAAACCAUAAUAUGUCAGAUGAUGUGUUUGAAGGAUUUACAAGUUAGGAUAACAUGCAUAGACAAACAGAUUUAUGAGCUUGAGAUAAAACAGAGGGUCAGAAAAGAGGAAGAGGAAGCUCGUGAGAGAAUGGAUGAAGAGGAAAUGGAGCAGAUACAAUUUUGGGAAAAUGAGUUAAAGGCAGAGGAAGGCUAUGAGAAAGAUUUGCAAUGUCAUUUCCUUGAGAUGAGAGAAAAGGCGGCGGAGUGCAAGGCUAAACUAGAGGAAUGCAAGAACAAAAUGCAGGGACUCAAUUUUUUGGGUGGACCAAAUGUUGUUCAAGAGGAGUCAGAUAUGUUUUCAAAAGCUCGUAUGAAUGCUGCCAGCGAGAUUUCAGCUGUUUCGACCGAGGAUAAAUGUCCACAACGACCUGUUCCAGUGAAGAAUGUAAAUGUUAACAGGAAAUUCUUGCCCAGAGAAGACUUCAACCCUCCUCAUGCUCUAGUUACUCCCAACCAGAUAAAGGAGAGGAGGCCUACCGGACCCACUGAGCUAAGGGAGUGGUGGACUCGGUGGUCAGAAGCACAAAGCUCUCAAUCUCAGACUAAAAAGAAAGCGAUUCACCGCUCUGAACUCACUAUAUAUCUGGGUAGUACCAAGGUUUAGAAUAAGCAAAGGUCACAGAAGUCAGAAUAUAUGGUGAAAACUUCAUCGUACUCCAGUUGCAGUCUCCUAACUUGCACAGAAUGUUUGCAUUUAGAGUACUUAGUGAACAUACUUGUACUCUUGUACUGUACUGUUCAAUAUUAGUCCUCCCUUGGUUUUUUCCCCGGUGAUUAAAUAGACUCCAUAAUAGAGGGGGGCUUCAUGUGGUCCUCUGUAGGUGAUCAGCUAAGAUAAAAACCCCAUCUACAAUUCAUUUUGGAACUAACCAAGCAAUCUGUUUCUAAGUGGGCUAAGGAAAGUAUUCCAUACGGCUGUUUCCCGAGCAGUUUUCUAGUUCCUCAUGAAGGAUCCAAAGGCCUUCUUAGGCCUGUUGACAUUUAAUUCCUCAAGUGAAUUCUGUCCAGUAAACCUCUAAAAGGGAGGCAUCAAAGACAGAUCACCACAUGCCUGAUGCUAGAUCUUUUUCAAGUAAUGGAACAGUGACACUACGACAAACUCCCUGUCUGUAAGGCAAUUAUUCCACGACUUGUUUGCACAAUACUGUCCUUUUGGUCACUUAAAAGUUCAUGGCAUAGGUUCACAAAAUAUUGUAAUAAUAUUGCUAUAGAGUUUACAUGCACAUGUGGUACAUUGUAGAUAAUCUACCAGCCUUGCAAAUACUGUAUUAUGGCAUACUGUACAUUUCGCAUGACAUCCAAAAAGAAAGGAAAUAAAGUACUAUUUUAUUUGAUGGACUGUCCUUGCUUUGUAUGAACGGCAUAUUGUAUUGUAGACAGCUUUCAUUCGUGAACUUUGAGGAUCUGAUCCUCAAUUAGAGGAAAAGUGACACUUAACUUCACUCUGGUGUAUUUAGUCUCAUUUCAUAAGAAACAUGCCAUCUACUGUUGACUUUCACCUUAUCACUGCACACUAUUAUCUUUAAAAUUGUAAUUGUUGGCAAGCAGGUCUGUCGAGGCCAUCACACUUGAGUAAAUUCAGUCUUUGGAGCGUAUCAGUGGUGUCGUUUCACAAUUAUUCCAUGCUUUUAAAUUGUCUCAGUAGACUGGAAGGCUUUCUCAGAAACAGGACAACAGAACAGCUUGUGAUUUUCAUAAAAUUUUAAUUCAAUCGUUUCAUUCGACCAUUAACAAAAGUACAUGAGAACCUCUGUAUGUGGUUCAACUGAAACCCGGUGAUCUCCAAAGAAAUUAAACUUGACAGUAACGCAAUGUGCUGAGGCACAACAGCUCGCCCACUUCGACUCCAGAGCACAAUAAUUGAUAACCUGAUUCUAGAUGCAUUUUUUAUUCUGUUUUUUUUCUCCAUCUUUAAGUUAGAUUUAUGCCAUAUCUGAAGUUUGAACUUUCACUAAGAACAAAAAAAAAAAGAAAAAAAAAAAAAAAAAAAAAGCACACAUUACAUAGUAUAGUUCAACCCACAGGUUUGGGAUGCAUAUCAGUAUUAUUUCUACUAGAAAAGAAAGCCACCCUAAGAUUGUUCUGAAUAUUUUGGCGGUUGGCUGGGAACAGAGGAUACAUCUAAAUUUGUUGUUUUUGUUUUUUUUUUCUUUUUUUUUCCUUUUUCAUUUUGCUUGUAGGUUUUAGGCACCUUAUUCUUUCUUAUUCAUUAGCAGACUGAGUUUCAAUGGAAAAAAAUUAAGCAGAAAUAUGUGCAAGGAAAACAAGUAUAAAAGAACUGCAGAUAUAAGAUGCCACAAGAAAUUCUGCACCUGGGAAAAAUUGCUUAAGUGGAGCAUGUGAAUACCAAAAAGGUAUCUAAAGGCUCCAUAUUGGUAAAAGGACAUCCCAUUAGAUUUACUUUGACAUUCACAUACAUCACACACACACCAUGCUUUCACUUGAGCUCUUCAAUAAAGCAUUUUAAAACUGCUCAAAAAAA